AUGCAAUCGGGUCUUCCUCGUGGAUUUCAUCAGGCUGCUGACCUGACCGCGCCUGGCCCUGUCCGACAACGCUCAAGGCAAGCAUGCCUCCCCUGUCGUCAACGCAAGAGGAAAUGCGAUGGGAAACUGCCCUGCAAUGUAUGCCAAGGGUAUGACUAUGAAUGCGAAUACGAAAAUGGCCCCUCAAAGGUAUCUAGUAAACGUGCCUUGUCCUCUGAAGGGUCUCCAUCGCAGUCCGCUACAAAAAUGGCCCGCGUGACUCCAUCGCAAGGAAUCUCAAAGCCAAGCACAAACUCAACGAUUCUCCCUGGUGUUGUUGAGCCGUCAAAGGCUCGAUAUGUGGGAAGAUACUCUUCAGUCGCUUUCCCUCUCUAUGUAGGGCUUGAAGUGCAGGCGACAAAGCUUCCACGACUACACUCGUUUGCAUACCACGCGGGCAUCCGGAAGGAACCACCCUGUGCAGUUUCACGGAAACUCGUUGAUAAAGUCCCAUGGAAUACAGCCAGGAGUCUUAUAGAAGUAUACACGGCUAUGCUUCAUCCAAUUUUUGGAUUCCUUGACAUUCAUCUCCUUUACACGCAAUGUGAAGAGCAUUGGCAUGGUCAGCCACACGAUAUGGUCUUUGAGGCCAUGGUCAGUGGCGUUCUGGCUUUAGCUUCUUUAUUUAAUGGCGAUUUGGACCAAGAAAUGGAAAUGUGGUUGACCCUCCAUGCAAAGGAGAUUCUUGAGGAUUGUGCCAUCAGCCGUUACCCUUCACUUGAACAAAUUGCGGCAUGGAUUUUAAGGACAAUAUACAUUCGUUGCACUGGACGGCCCCAUGUGACUUGGCUAUCCAGUUGCACAAUAAUGCAUCUUGUUGAGGCAAUUGGUCUUCAUCAUGCCGCAGAACAUGUAAUGCAAACGACAGGCAAUGUUGUGCCAACUCCGGCAGUACCAAACACGGUGACUCGAACAGCACAGGUAGCCCACUGCCUUCAUGUUCUCAUUGCAUUCGAAUAUGGCAGAUCUACUAUGGCUACGGGUCGUCAAAACCUCGAAGUCAUUGAACAUAUAACUGGAGGGUCGGACUUGACGCCACAACUGUGUUCCCUCGUCGCAUGCGUGCCUAUAAACCUGGUACCCGGUGCGGAUGUAUCAUUUAUUGCGGAUGAGCUCAUCUCUGCUCUGGAAGCAAUCACUGAUAUAAACGUUGAUCACGAUUUCCUCAUCUUGCUACGAGCAGAUCUUGCAUUGGGUAUCUAUCGUCAUUUGCGUGUCAUGGAUAUCAAUAUUCGGCAUGAGCAGAAGGACCGCGUGGUUUCGGCUGGGAUGCAUGCACUUCCGGCCGCACGGCGAUUAGCAAGUCAACACCAGCCAUGGUGGAAUGUGAUCGGCACAGUUUUUCAAUUUACUUGUGCUUUACUUGUCUUGGAUACAGUCUCCACUUGUGAAAAGCUUGUGGAGGCAAUGGAUACGUUAGAGCUGAUCGUUGAUCGCUUGAACUCCCACCUAGCCAAGGAGGCUCUCUCAACUGCACGGCAACUAGUCCGGGCCUCAUUGGAUAAAAAAAGAAAGGGUGUGCAUUAUCUUGAACAGAUAGUUGGGCCUGUUCCACCAGUUACUGCACCUGGUGAAAUAGAGCCUCACAUCUCACAGGAUGGUGCUUCAUUAAGUCCAUCAUUUGCGCCGCAGCUCCCUCUUGACUUUGAGUCGCUAUGGGCUAUGGAGUUUCAGCUUCCCUUGUGA